AUAAGCUGCCACCCCCAAGAUGACUGCAUUGGACCUGAGCAUUGUAUGUGUCACCUUUCAUACAGAGCUCAAGAUCUGGUCUAUAAAAGACGGCUUCAUGACCCUCAAUUCCAUAUAGUAUCACUCCCAUCAACAGCACUUCGAUAUCUUCAACCACUUUAACCUUCCCCGGAAGAUCAUCAUUUCAAGCCCUUCACUAUGCAAAUCACCACAGUUGCCCUUUUUCUCUUCGCUGCAAUGGGCGCGGUAGCCACCCCCAUUGAGUCUGUAUCAAACGGCCUGGAUGCCAGGGCUGAGGCCGGCAUCCUAGCCAAAUACACCGGAAAAUGCACCAAAUCUAAGAACGAAUGCAAAUACAAGAACGAUGCUGGAAAGGACACCUUUAUCAAGUGCCCCAAGUUUGAUAACAAGAAGUGCACCAAGGACGGUAACAAAUGUACCGUCGACACCUACAACAACGCUGUCGAUUGUGACUAGAUGAUCUCUACGAUUAUGAGGGCAUUUAAUGGUUUUUGGUUCCCUUCUUAUUGGUGAUAUGCGAGAUGCCCUAUGACUCUCGACGCUUACUACCAUACAUCCACAAGGACUCGACCCAAGGACUCGACCCAAGGACUGCUCGGUGGGUGAUACAUAUACACACAGUAUCUAUCCAGCUUCAAUUUUCGGCGAAUUUUGUUUCUUUUUUCAUGAAGACACUCGUUUAGUAUCUAGCUAGAUAUUUUUGCUCAUCAAAGAAAUGGUUGUUGAUUAUCGAAUAUA